AAAAAUGAUGAAAAAGCUGCACUUGAAGAUUAUAAAGAGGUCAUACUUGAAAAAAAUGAAGAGGCUACACUUAAAGAAAAUGAAGAGGCCAUGCUUGAAGAAAAUGAAGAGGCCAUGCUUAAAUUUUAUAUGUCUUAA